GAAAGGAACCCCAAAUCAUCAAUUCUCGUCUGACGGCGGAUCGGCAAAAAUGAAGGUGAAAGGGUCGAUGCUGGGAAACCUGAAGGUCCUCAGCAUUCUUUUCUCCUUCGUCGUCCUAACCAAGACAACGACGGCAGACGGACAGACGCAGAAUUUUGUCGAAGCUAUUCAGAAGCAAAUUGAAUCAGUAAAAUUAUACAUCGAUGAGCGCCUCAACCAGACUUUGGCAGAAAAUCUUGAGCAGACGCAGAAUUUCACAAAGACACUAGAAAAUUUGGCCAAACAAGUGCAGCGAGACCGUCAGUUUGCAGAAUACAAUUUUUCAGUCAACUGCACUCGUGCGCAUGAGAAAAGGUCAAUUUCGUUGGAAAGUCUGAUCGGGCUGUCAAACGGCAAGAAGUAUUAUUUUUCUUGGCCGCUUCAUAAGUUGAAGUGGGUGGAUGCGAAGGCCAAGUGCAUAGAAAUGGGUCUGCAUCUGGCCACUGUCCGCAGCCAGGCCGACUUGGACGCGAUCUGGGAAGAGGCCAAGAGUCGGCAAGAUUACAAAUGGUGGUGGGUUUCGGCGAAAAACUUUGGCAGCGAAGAUAAUUUGGAUUUCCGUUGGCAUGACGGAACCGAGCUGGUGCAAAACAGCACCAUUUUUGAAGAAGUGUCGCUUGGUGGGGAAUGCGUCAAUUUCAACACCUCCAGCACCAAGAAAAAAUUGGAAGCCUGGCCGUGCUAUUACUAUUAUUAUUUUGUUUGCGAGCUUCCCACGCAAUGCUACUGAUCUCUGCUAAUUUUUUUCUCAAGCUCCAAUUUUACCAGUUCUUCAUACAAUUAUUUUACUUGUAAAUUUUUUAUUGCAUUCAAAUACCUUAAGCGUCAUCGAUUCAAAUUUAAUAAUGUUACCUUGUACCUUACCUAACAGUAAGCUUUCUCAUUCUGAAAUCGCAAUUCAGUAAAAUACUGCACCAUGGCAUUUUACAAAUCUGUUCAAUUUAUUGUCAAUUUAACUUAACGUGGAAUGAAUAUGCCUGAUCUUGUUUAUUAAAUACAUAUUUAAGAUUAAUAUAAUUUGAUAUCGGCGAACAUGUCAACAAUUUAUUCUUUAAAUGAAUUUGAUAAUUGCUAUACACUAAUUAUAUUUGUAAAUUGAGGAAUGA